AUGAAGGAACCCCAGCUUCCUCCAGCAGACAUCCCCAUCAGCACUUCCAGUUUAGCAGUCGCUUCAACGCGCAAAACACCCCGGUUUCUUAUCAUUGGUGCCGGAUCCCGCGGAAAUGCCUAUGCCCGUGCUGUGACAACAGCCACGCCUGGCGUCGUCCACGCUGUCGCGGAGCCGCACGAGUUCAAGCGGCGCUCGUUCGGACGGAAAUAUAUCUGGGGCACGGAGGGCUCCCCCCAAGAUGGGCAGGAUUUUGCCGACUGGCGCGAAUGGUUAGAAUGGGAAACAAAGCGGCGACAACACGCAGGAAAGGAAACUGCUCACCACAGCGAUGAACCUUCGACGACAGAAGGGCUAGAUCCUGUGGGCGUUGAUGCGGUGUUCAUCUGCACCCUUGACGAAACGCACGUCGAAGUGAUCCAAGCCAUCGCCCCGCUGCAACUACACAUUCUCUGCGAGAAGCCCCUCGCGCUUUCCCUCGCCGACUGCCUCACUGCCUACCGCACCCUCCAACCUCCACAAGGCCCUGAGGCCCACCCCCGCCCGGCCUCCGCCAUCUUCUCCAUCGGCCACGUCCUGCGCUACAGCCCGCACAACAUCCUUCUCCGCAGGCUGCUCCUCAUCGAGCGCAUCAUUGGCGACAUCAUCUCCCUCGAACACUGCGAGCCCGUCGGUUGGUGGCACUUCUCGCACAGCUACGUGCGCGGCAACUGGCGCCGCGCCACCCCGGCCGGUGAUGGCUCCCUGCUCACCAAGUCCUGCCACGAUAUCGACUUCAUCCUGUGGCUCCUCUGCUCCCCGCCGUCACUCGAAGAUGCCGGCCACACAUCGCACUUCCCGCGUUCUAUCUCUUCUGCGGGAUCUCUGACGCAGUUCCGCCGCGCCCGCAAGCCAGCUGCCGCCGGGACCGCCACCAACUGCCUUGCUUGCCCCGCCGAGCCCGACUGCAACUAUAGCGCGCCACGCAUAUACCGUGAUCACCACCUUGCGCGCGGCAACACAACCUGGCCGGUGAAGAUAGUCUGCCCGGACAUUGAAGAUGUGUACAAUACUCGUGGGGCCGCGGCUGCAGAGGCGCAUCUGCUCGCGUGCCUGGCCGAGGACUAUACCGAUGCCGAAUCCGACGCCGCCAUCGCCGCGCGCCCUUGGUACGGGCGGUGUGUAUACGAAUCCGACAACACUGUGUGUGAUGACCAGACAGUAACACUGGCGUGGGAUGACGAGGCGGAUGGGUCGCGGCUCGCGAAGACGGCGACGUUUCACAUGAUCGCACCGACAGAAAAGCAGUGCCAGCGCCGGGGCCGGGUGUACGGGACGCGCGGCGAGAUCGAGUACGACAGCCGCACGAUCUCAGUGUACGACUUUGCUUCAGCGAAGACGACGACGAUCGAUGUGCCUAACCCGCCGCCGGAGCGGGCAGAGUCGCAUGGUGGCGGGGACUAUGGGCUGGCAGGGAAGUUUGUGAGCGCGGUGGACGCGGUGCUGAAUGCGGAGAUGGAAGUCGAGACGGCGCAGGCGCGGUUCAUUGGAUGUACGCUCGAAGAGGCGGUGCAGAGUCAUGCAAUGGUGUUCGCGGCGGAGGAGGCGAGACGCGAGGAGCGGGUUGUGCGGUGGGCAGAGUGGUGGGAGGAGAAGCUGAGAGCUUCGGCUGCGACUUAA